CAUUUCCAGACCUUUUAUCAAUUUGGAGAAUUGUACAACUGGGGACCGUUAUUACUGAGUGGUCACCAAAGUGGAGUCAUCUCAGUUAGUUACUGCUAUAAAUAAGAUGGUAAAGAAGUCUUCAAGUCACGGUAGCUCACCUGUCAACUCACCAACAAAAGAACCCCACAUAGAAGACAAGCCUUUGUCAAAGGAGAGCCCAGGAAACAACGCCACGAACGCCGAGGCUCCACCAAGCCCUGGGAGGAUACGACGCUCCUUGGAAGUCGCUACACAGUUAUGUUCCUCAAAUGCUGCCGUUCUGAGGGAACGACACCCUCAAAUUGCGGCAGGAAUGGACAGUGUAGGUAGCCGAACUAGAGAAGUACUGCACCAACUAGUUCCAGAAACUUGGAGUCCUUCCAAAUUGGGCGCCACAGUAGACAACUGGGUUGGUGACCUUCGCAUCAAGUCGGCUACGAAAAAAUCUUGGGAUGUUACCACAGAAUUGUUAGAGAAAGAAGUUGAACCAGUCGUGAAACACUUGGAACUAUCUGUCGAAAGUUUGGGUGGCAGCAUUGGCCGACUAGUAACGUCUUUUCUCAUCAUCGUGAAUGCUUUGUUCAAGGUCACUUCCCAAGUAGCUGAUUGCUUGUGGCAACCAUUAUGUUCUCAAACAAGUUCACCUUGUUCUUCAACGACACAGUGGGAACACUCCUGGAGUUCUGUAGGUUCCUCCGUGCAAGAUGUUCCCGUUUGGAGAAAAGUUGUGAGCUAUAUUGUACAAGUUGCAAUUCUUUUUAUCGCAUUGCCGUUGGCUUUUGUCCGCUUUAUUCGUUAUCGCCUUGUGUUUUUAGAUUCGAAUUUUAUGCGUUUUAAUAUUGUCUCUUUGACCAGUUUGAAUACGAAGAUGAAGACAGUAGCCAGUGAAUGGUUCUUGUUUCUGCAAGAAUUGUUUGCAUUUUUUCAUUUUAUGUUUGGUUGUUUCGCUGUCUAUGUCUUUGAAAUAAUGAAAGACUACCGAGGACCAGGUUCCACUCUAAUUCAGUCUAUUCCGAAACUAUUGCCAAAGUCGUUACAGUCGUAUAUUGUAGAAGAUACGGACGGUCAGGAUUCUUCAAGGGAAGGCGAUUACAAUGCGGAACUUGCUACGCGUGAACCGCAACAAGCUAUUCGCCGUCCAAAUUGUACAUCUUGAUGUAUCAUGGACUUUGAUAUGUAGAAAUCUUCUCAGUGUAGUAUUUUGUUGUAUUCUUAGUUAAAGUCUUAGUAUGAGUUAAUAAACAUGUUUGAACGUUGUCGCUAUCUUUGAAGUGUAGAUGGAAGGUUUCUUGUU